GGUACAUGAGGCAGGAGGCUGCACCUCACUCUCUCUCCUCACUCACUCCCUCUACUCCCAUCUGCGACGCCUGACAGCACUGCACCGGCUGCUAAAACAGUCUUAAUGGAGGCUCAGGCAGAUUCUAGUGCAGGAGAGCCACUUAGAGAGCGAGAGUUCCAGAAGCUUCUAAAGUCCUCCAGCUCGGCCAGUCUCACCAGUGAGGCAUCCCACAAUGCCUCAGGAGAGCAUGUUGGUACCCCAGCCCAUUACGGCAGUCAGGUGCUGAUCACCGAGAAACGACAGCCUCUGAGCAGUGUGUCCUCACUGGAGGUGCACUUUGACCUCUUGGACCUGACAGAGCUCACAGACAUGUCUGACCAGGAGCUGGGGGAGGUGUUUGCAGACUCCGAUGAGGAAAAUCAUACAGAAUCUCCUGCAAUUCAUCCUGCAGAUCGUCAACAGCCCCCGUUACCUCGAUUUCCACACUGUGGUUACGUUCGCUCACCUUCCUGGACUCGCGGUGGAAAAGGGGAGCAGCAACAGAGAGAUCGAAAACACCACAGCGAUUCAGAGAACACAGAGCCUUUGCUGAAGAUAGAACGCUCCCAAUCCCAACAGCCUUGAGCCAGGGACAUCUACAGGGGCUCAGGGAGAACACAAAGCCUUUAUGCGGGAAGUAGAGGUUCCUUCUCAAGCAGGAAAUGAGGAACCUCUGGGAUCAAAGGAUAUAAACAUCCCAUCCUGCCCUGAGAAAAUAAAUGCAGUCCCUUUGCCCAUUAUGAUGGGCAAGGAGACAGCUCCAAUAAGCUGGGGUAAUUGUAAACUCUUCCUUAAGAUGGAAAAGACUUCAUCCAACCAGGUUUUUAGGACACCUCUUUGUGACAUGGACUCGCCCAUAUUCUUCAUUUAACUACUGCAUAUGGAGAACUAGAAGCAUGAUGUAACAUUAUGGACCACAUUGGCUCAAGUGAUGCAACGGAAAUGUGAAUCUAAGGAGCCAUUUAGGACUUCCAUAGUGAUUUUUAAACAGUCAAGGACCUGUAGCAAUAGAGCAAUGUGUCAAAGCAGCAAUUGUGGCAGAACACAUUCAGAGACCCUGCAAUGUGGAUCAAAACCAUGCCUGUGAAACAGGUAACAAAAAUAGCCAACUAAAGUGCCCUUUGAGGAGAUUCCGCUUAAAAAAUUGGGAGACCCUUAAGUGAAAUAUCUUGUUUAAAAAGUUCAUGCCUAAGACCAGAAACAUACUCUUUGCAAGUACGUGAGCGCAUUUCCAAAAUGUGUCAGAGCACAAUUCAGAAUGCAACUCAAGUACCAUUAUUGCAGGCAUUAUCAUAAACUGUCUGCUUCUAUGGUCAGUUUUCUCUCUAAGAGUCAUCUAUCACAGUAUUUCCCAAACCUGUUCCUGGAGGCACAAGACAAUAAACAUUUUAGAUGUCUUCCUGACCUAAUGCAUCCAUUUGAGGACUUGGAGUAUCUACUAACGAGAUGAUGAGUUGAAUCAGGUGUGUUAGAUUAGGGCUACAUUGAAAAUGUGUACUGCUGGGGUGCCUCCAGGAACAGGUUUGUGAAUCACUGAUUUAUUGUAAUUGCUGAGCAAAAGUUUAAAGAGGAUCAUGCUGUGCAGUUUAAAGUUAGUUUAAGAAAGUUUAUAGCAAGCUAUCUGAAUAACACAUCCAGCUUCAUGGCAUGGAUAUUUCAAGGUAACUCUAUCGCCCCCCUAAGGUUUGAUAUUGCCACAGUAACUCAAGAACACACUAUGGGCCUAAUUCAAACACAAACAGAAAAAAUGUGUGUGUGUUAAUCAUUCGGAAAGCCAUUCUGACAUAAAUCCUCAGAUUUAUGAAUGUUUUCGUAUAUUUAAAAUGUUAGUUGGUACGAACAAAAAUUACACCUGCUCCUGACCUUACAAAAAUCUAGAGUUCUAGUCGCAAACUUGCGCUAAAUUUGCAGCAAAUUUGCCACUCAUUAUUUUCACUGAAACUUAGCUUGUGAUUCACCGCAAAUGUUUGCCAGAAGUGUGCAGCUCUUUUUAGUGGUGAACCUGCAGCAAACCUUUGGCAACAAUUGACAAUUUGUCGCAAAGCUCAUUUGCAUGUGAAAAUAAUCAGUGGCAAAUUUGCCAUGAACUCUCAAUUUUUGUAAUUCAUGCAUAAGACAUCCAAAAAUGUUGUGUUCUUUCAAGCAAACUGGCAUGACUACAUUUUGAAAGGAGUGAAAUAAAAUACGUAAUGAAAAAACUAACUAAUAAUUGAAUGACUGAAAUUAACCCUAAUAAAUAACAAAUUAGUUUAAAAGAUUGCGGUUUGCUGUUUUCUCUCUUUUUUUUUUAAAUACACAACGUUUAAUUGAUGCUUGCAUUUAUUUCUUCAAAGUAUAGUUCCCAACUCUGUUUCUGCUCUGUAACAUCUUAAAUUUAAACAUGUACUAGCAAGUCUAAUGCCUUCCUUAGAUGUCGUAUUCAUGGGCAUGGAUUAUGAUAAUUGUGAAUGCGUUUGCCUUUGUGCCCUGUUUACAAAUGUUUGGAAUCCACUAACAUACACUCAUUUAACUCACAAAUCUGGGGUGUACACAGCUAUUGUGAAUCCGGAGAAACAUUUUCAGGAAGGUCCAUUUUAUGCACAAAUUACUUCCAAUUUACUCAUAUAAUUACGAAAGUUUCAAGAAUGAGUCCCAUUGCACGUAUGUACAAUGGGACUGUGCUUGCAAAGCAUUGGCCAAGCAUUCACAUCUGUGUUGUGUAAUUGUGUAUAGUAUGUUUCUGGCCUAACUCUUGGAUGUAAGAGAGAUUCAACUUGUAGCAAUAUGUUUUUUGAACUGCUCCGUAUCAGUGUCAUUAAUAUAAAGUAUCAGUGUCAUUAAUAUAAUAAUUUCUCAUCAAGAUGGCAUCCAAAUUCAAGGCCUCAAAACGUCUUGAAAUAUGCCUAAUUCAGUAUAAUCUUAAAAGACCAAAAAUAAAUUGAAAGGGUAAUCAAGAUGCAAAUGUUAAAGUGUUGGGCUAAUCUGCACCCGUGAAAAAGCUGUUCUGUAUUUGUCACCAUUCAAGGUAAUUACAGGGUUCAAUGAUGUCAAACAUGUUCAAUACACAGGGUCACAUCAGAGAAGAUUUGUAAAAACUACUAGAAUUAUGAACAAGUCUGAGUAAUCAAUGAAAAUAAUAUAAUAUGGGAAUAAAUGUGCAAAAUGU